UCUAAAAACCAGUAUUUAGGGAGUUCUGUUCCACACAACACUUCCCUUUUCUCUAAGCACAAGAUUAUAUUUCUUCAAUCUCUCUCAAUUUCAUCCUUUGCCCAUUUCACUUCUGAUAUUUUUAACAAGAACCCAUUUGAGAGAUUUCAAAAUACUUUUGUUUUCCAAUGGAAAAUUAUGAUGAGCAGAUGGAAUUGCCUCCGGGAUUUAGAUUUCAUCCCACUGAUGAAGAGCUUAUAUCUCACUACUUGACACCAAAAGUUCUUGACACUUCUUUUAUUGCUAGAGCUAUUGGUGAGGUUGAUUUGAACAAGUGUGAGCCUUGGGAUUUGCCUAGGAGAGCUAAAAUGGGUGAAAAAGAAUGUUAUUUUUUCUGUGUUAGAGACAGAAAAUACCCAACUGGGCUGAGAACAAAUAGAGCAACUGAAGCUGGUUAUUGGAAAGCCACAGGCAAAGAUAAAGAGAUUUACAAAAAUAAAUCCCUUGUUGGAAUGAAGAAAACUUUGGUUUUUUACAGAGGAAGAGCCCCAAAAGGUGAAAAAACCAACUGGGUUAUUCACGAAUUUCGAUUAGAAGGGAAAUAUUCUGCUUAUAAUCUUCCCAAAACUGCCAAGAAUGAAUGGGUGAUUUCAAGGGUGUUUCAGAAGAGUCCUGGAGGGAAGAAAAAGAAUAUUCAAGGGAUGGUGAAAUUGGGUUCAUUUGUAGAAAACAAUUUAAGUUCUUCUCCUGUGUUGCCUCCAUUGAUGGAUUCUUCUCCUUACAACAACAGUGAAUCAAGAACAACAAAUGUAAACGAAACGUCUCACGUGACCUGCUUCUCCGAGCCCAUGGAGGAUCAGAAGACUCAAGAAGAAGAAGACAUGAUGGAUCCCUACAACACUUCCCUUUUAGCUUUUUCUUCUUCCUCGAACCCACAAUCUGAUAUUUCCCCUGUUUCAAACUCGUUUUUCAUGCCAACUUUACCGAAUUUGCACUACCCAGAUUCAUUUUUUAUGCAAGACCAGUCCAUUCUGAAGAUGUUGCUUGAAAACCAUGGACCAAACAUGAAGAAAACAUUUUCAAAAGCAGAGUUUUCUCAGGAUUCAGUGGUGUCAAACCAGGAAGCUGUUCAGAAAUCAUUUGAAGAUCAUCAUCAUCCAUCAAGUUCUGGUGGACCAGUAGACCUUGAUUGUCUGUGGAAUUAUUGAAACUAAUAUUAUAAAUCAUAUUGUCAAAGACUAGGAGAUUUAGAAUCUUCAGUAAUUAUUUUUGUUGAAAAGUUGUGGUGGUGUGUGUAAAUAGAUUAUUAUUAUUAAUAAUAAUCUACAGUCAUAUAAUAGGAAUAGCGAAUGAAAUGCAUGUAUUCUAAGAAAAAUAAAUAAACAACUCCA